CCUUGGGCGCUGGUGGAACUAUCACAAUGCAUUAGCUUUACAUACUUUCCUGACAUACAUCAAAACUUCUAAUAGUAUGAAAUUGUUUGGCCGCACUGCAGCGCCCACUCGCGCCCCUUGUUGCUCCAGUAUCUCGAAAGCCUCUGCGCGCCCUUUGUCAGUUCGCGUCCUUGGCGCCGCAGCACCCGCGACGAUGGUGGAGCCGGCUUCCAUCGCGGAGCUUAGCCGAGCCGAGCAGCUGGGCAAGGACCAGGACGCCGUGAGGGCGACUGUGAAGGAGUACUAUGGAGAGACUCUGAAGACCUCCAACGACCUGCGCACGUCGGCCUGCACCGCGUGCAAGGCGCCACCGCCGGCGGUGCGUGCCGCGCUGGCUGACGUCCCCACAGAGGUGAAGGAGAAGUUCUACGGCUGCGGAAACCCCAUCCCCGCGGGCAUUGAGGGGCUGCGGGUGCUGGACCUGGGCUGCGGCUCGGGCCGCGAUUGCUACGUGGCAGCCAAGCUGGUGGGCGAGAAGGGCAGCGUCACGGGUGUGGACAUGACUCCGGCUCAGCUGGAGGUGGCCAUCAGCCACGCGGACGCCUACUGCAGGGACAAGCUGGGGUACGGCAAGUCCAACAUGACCUUCAUCCAGGGCGAGAUCGAGUACCUGGACCGGGCCGGUCUAGAGGACAGCAGCUUUGACCUGGUCAUCUCAAACUGCGUGAUCAACCUGUCGCCCGACAAGGCACGUGUGCUGUCCGAGUGCUACCGCGUGCUUGCCCCGGGCGGUGAGAUGCACUUCAGCGACGUCUACGUCGACAGGCGACUGCCGCAGUCGGUGCGCUCCCACCCGGUGCUGCUGGGCGAGUGCCUGGCCGGCGCCCUGUACAACAACGACUUCAUCCGCCUGUGCCGCAAGGUGGGCUUCACGGAUCCGCGCCAGCUGGAGUGCGAGGAGAUCCAGAUCCAUGACGCCGAGCUGCGGGACCAAGUGGGCGAGGCGCGCUUCUACAGCAUCACCUACAGGCUGUUCAAGGUGCCGGGCCAGAUUGAGGACCUGUGUGAGGACUACGGACAGGUGGCUGUGUACAAGGGCACCAUCCCCGGCCACUCGCACGCCUAUGACCUGGACGACCACCACAGGUUCGUGACCAACAAGCCCAUGCUGGUGUGCGGCAACACGGCCUCCAUGGUGGGCGAGUCCUGGCUGGCACCCCACUUCACCAUCAUCGGUGACCGGGCGGUGCACUACGGCCAGUUCGACUGCUCCGGGCCCAAGACCACCACCGGCGGAGCCGCCAGUCCCAGCAACAGCGCGGGCGCCUGCGGCCCCGGCGGCGCCUGCUGCUGAGCGUUGACGUUGCAUGGGUUCAAGUCCGUUCGGUUUGGAAGCGGCUGCGGAGAGCGGGCCGAGUACGGGGAAGGCGGGGAAGGAGAGAGUUGUGUGAUCAGGUUCCGGGCGAUGUGUGGGUGGUUAGUGUGAACGUUGAUGGGAGGCCGGGACGCAUUGCAUGCACUUUGCGUGUGGCACAGCUCCGGAUGGGGCGCUCGUCGCGGCGCGCGGAGGUUGCUAUGGUUGCGGGCGGGCGGUGGUUGGGUAUCUGAUGUGUGACGUUUCGGCGUGAUUGCAGCUGGAGGCUGUGGGGGUGGGAAGCGCCACGUUGCGUUGCACGUCGAGGGCAGUUGACAAGCGGUUUUGGGCUGGGGUGUGCGCCGACCAUCGCCGGCCAUGCCGGGGCCUGUAAGACUGCCACAGAUGCGACUUUACGCCUUCGCCACUUGCCUGCCUUGAUACUUCCGAUAAUCCGGAGUGCGCCUGGUGCCACAAGGCUGAACAACUGUCGCGGACUGAGCGACGGAGGAUGCUAGGGUUGCCACCUGUAAGGCUGCCAUCAG